AUGGGUACUCCCGUCACAGCUCCGUUCGGCCAAUGGAAGAGCCCGAUCAGCUCUACCUUGCUUGGCGCUGACGGUGUUCAGUUUGAAUCCAUCGCGACAUCCAAGGGAAAGAUUUAUGUCAUCGAGGAUCGACCAAAAGAGCAGGGACGAGGCUGUGUUGUUGAAUACGCUGGCCGUGAAGGACGCGAUAUCUUACCGGCCAAGUAUGACGCUGGCACCAAAAUUCAUGAAUAUGGCGGUGCAUCAAUGAUCGUUUUCAACGGACAUGUCGUCUUUUCUGAUCGUCAGACACAGGAUCUGCAUAAACUUGAUCCCUCCACAGGUCAUGUUGAGCAGAUCACCAAGACAAGCACUGCGAUCCGCUAUGCGCCCACCUCCGCCACUGGCUCUUUGUCAGAUGGCCAGGCAGAUUCCGGGUGGAUCUUGGCGAUCGAAGAAGACCACUCCAAGCCCUUGCCCUCGGAAGUUCGGAACCGACUCGUCGCGGUCAACGUGCAAUCCAAAGAGAUAGUCAAUGUCGCCUCUGGCGACGACUUCUACAGUGCUGCUCAUUUUUCCCCUGAUGGCAGCAGGAUAUGCUGGACCCAGUGGUCUCAUCCAGAUAUGCCAUGGACAGGAGCCCGCCUGUAUGUGGCUAAAUGGAAAGAUGGCCAGGUCACAGACGUCCACCAUGUGUCUGGUGUGCCUCAGAAAGAAAGUGUUAGCCAGCCACGAUGGGGCUUUGAUAACACAUUGUACUUCACAAGCGAUUGCUCGGGGUAUUGGCAGCUCUAUCGGUCUCACGUUGACACUUUGAAAUGCGAACGGAUGGCUCUGCAUGGCUUGGAAGAAGUGGAAUUUUCCCAGCCGGACUGGUUUCUAGGAAACUGCACGUACGUGUGUCUGACUCCAACUUCAAUGAUUGCGUCGUACACAAAGAAUGCUCGAUGGAGCUUUAUACUGAUAGAUCUGUCGAACGACUCCUGGCAAGACCUGAAUCUGCCAGUGACAGACACGGUUAUUCUGGCAGAUAAUCCCCUCUCAGAUACGAAAAUAGCCCUUCUUGGUUCUAGCGAAACAAGCUUCAACACUGUUUUUACAUUGGACCUCGCCGACACCGUCAAGCUCGAUGCACUCAAGGUAGCUUCCGAGCUCCCCAUGCCAGAUUCUCUUGUUUCAAAACCAGAGCAUUUGUCUUUCCCAAGAGUCCACGGUGAGAACUUAGAAGGAGUGGCACAUGCCAUCUUCUACGAACCUCAGAACCCAGAUUAUCAGUCACCCUCUGGAGCACUGCCACCCUUGAUCGUCUGUGUCCAUGGUGGACCAACGUCCCAAACCGGAGCUGGCCUGAAUAUCACGGACCAAUACUGGACUUCUCGAGGUUAUGCUGUUGUUUGGGUAAACUAUGGAGGUAGCUCCGGAUAUGGCAGAGCGUACCGGGAUGAUUUGAAUGGGCAAUGGGGAAUCCUUGAUACAGCAGAUGCUGCUAGCUGUGUGUCAUACCUAGCAUCCACUGGCCGAAUCGACCGAAACAAAGUCGGCAUUCGCGGCCAAAGUUCGGGCGGAUACAUUGUACUCCAAGCUCUUUGUGACUACUCCAAUCUCUUUGCCGGUGGCAAUUCUCUGUACGGGAUAGGCAAUGUUAAGGCUCUCUGUGAGGAUACUCAUAAGUUCGAGAGCCAUUACGCAUUUGCCUUGCUGUUUGAUCCGGGUGCAGACGAAGACGAGAAAAAUCGUAUUUUCCGCGAACGCAGCCCCUGUUUCAAGGCAGAUAAAAUCACUGCGCCGUUGUUGCUGCUUCAAGGAGACGAGGAUCCAGUCGUUCCUCUGAACCAGGCAGAGGAAAUGGUCGAAAUGAUGACAAAGGCUGGCCGUGAAUCUAAGUUGGUGGUCUUCCAUGGAGAAGGGCAUGGAUUCCGGCAGGCGAAGAGUCGCAUAGCGGCUGUAGAAGAGGAGGAGAAUUGGUGGAAGAAAGGGUUGUUGAAGAUUGAUGCGGCGGAUGUUUGA